AUGCUCAACUUCCUACGCCAGGUGCGGCCACCACCGCCCACCUUCACUGAGAAGGAGAUCCCCGAUCUCGCUGGGCGCGUCAUUGUAGUUACAGGUGGUAAUUCUGGCAUCGGCAAGGAAGUCUGUGGUCUCUUGUACUCCAAAAAUGCCACCGUCUACAUGACCGCCCGUAACGCCGAGAAGGCCGAAGCCGCCGUCACCGCCCUCCGGAAAGCUCACCCGACAUCCACCGGCUCCCUGGGCUACGUGAUCCUCGACUUCGACGACCUCACAUCCAUACAGGCCUCCGCCAAUGCGCUCAAAGGCAAGACUUCGAGCAUCGACGUCCUGAUCAACAACGCAGGCAUAAUGGUCCCGCCAGCGGGGAGUGUUUCAACGCAGGGCUACGAACUGCAACUCAGCACAAAUUGCCUUGGACCUUUUCUCUUCACCAAACUGCUUACACCAGUACUCGUCCAGACGGCCAAGUCCGCCCCACCGGGCAGGACGCGGGUCGUGUGGGUUAGCAGCUCGGCGGCAGACCUUCUCUCACCGACGGGUGGCAUCGAGAUGGACAACAUUGACUACAAAAAAGACCAAUCGCAGGCUCUAAAAUAUGGCGUCAGCAAGGCGGGAAACUACUUCCAGAGCACAGAGUUUGCGCGCCGAUAUCGUGAAGCGGGAAUUGUUAGCGUGUCUCUCAAUCCCGGAAAUCUCGAAUCAGACUUGGACCGGCACACCACGGGCAUGCAGCUCCUGCUGCGCAAGGCCUUGACACACCCAACCAUAUUUGGGGCAUACACCGAGCUGUUCGCGGCGUUGUCGCUGGAGGUGACUUUGGAGAAGUCUGGGUCGUGGAUUAUCCCAUGGGGGCGAUUCGGUUCAAUCAGGAAAGACGUGGAGAAGGCCGCAAAAUCCCCUGAAGAGGGCGGCACUGGUAUCGCCGAGCAGUUCUGGAACUGGUGCGAGGAGCAGGUCAAGCCGUAUUGUUGA